AUAAAGAAUACAAAGUUGUUUUAAUGAACACGCCUAUCUUCAUACCAUGCUAAAAAAGGCAGUAAUGUGUCCACGUUAUCACGAUAAAAUAUAACCUAAUCAAGCAGGAAUCACAUAUAUAAAUAUCGAAUGGAGGGACAAGGUAUUUUCUAGCGGAUAUUGUACACAAGUGACAUAUGCUAGCAAUAUACACAUGAAAAUGGCAAACUCAAAUAACCUAGUCAUGUCCAUCCUAGGGGCAGGAGCCGUAGGAGUAGCAAUUGCGUAUGCAGCGUCAAAGUCAACAAAAGUAAGAAGGUUCCUAGUAAGCUGCGGUAUAUGCAAUAGUAACCCAAUGGCAGAUGCAUUGGAACCACAAAUGAGAAAAGUUGCAAAAGCCAUGGGAUCAAUCAAUAUACUCUCAGUAGAUGAUCUCUCAAACCAACAGAUCAUAUGCCUAAUGGAACUGGCAAACUUCUUCAAAGAAAAAGUAUCGCAAAAAGAAGAUUGCCAAGUUCUACCAAAUAAUAUCAUGGUCACACUAUUCAUGGAACCAAGCACAAGAACCAGAUGCUCAUUCGAAGCAGCUAUGCUCAGGUUGGGAGGGAAAGUUAUAUCAAUUGCAGACGCUUCAACAUCGUCGACGGCAAAAGGAGAAUCCGAAGAGGAUUCUGUAAAAGUAUUGUCAUCAUAUGCAGAUGUUGUUGUCAUGAGACAUUCGGAAAAGGGAAUUAUGGAAAGAAUAAAAGAACAUGUUAAAGUACCAUUGAUCAACGCAGGUGACGGACAAGGAGAACACCCAAGUCAAGCACUACUUGACCUGUACACAAUUUUAACGUACUUCCCAAUAAUGGAAACAAACAAUGAACGAGCAUUCACCAUAUGCUUCGUAGGUGAUUUGAAAAAUGGAAGAACAGCACACUCACUGGCAAAACUAUUAAGCAGAUACAAUGUAGUCAUGAGAUACGUAGCACCAACACAACUACAAAUGCCAACUGAAAUACAAAGAGAAGUGGAAAAUAACUUCGCUAAAUAUAAUAUACCGGAUCUGCCACUCUCAAGGCAAACCAGCUUCAGCCAACUGGAAGAUGCAUGUGAAGGAGCAGAUGUUAUAUACGUAACAAGGUUACAAAAAGAAAGAAUGGACAGCCAAGGAGCCAAGGGGCUACUAGGGUCAUACGGAAUACAAAAGACAUUACUACCCAAAUUGAUGAAACAUGUCAAAAUCAUGCACCCACUACCGAGGAUAGAUGAAUUGCCGCCAGAAAUAGAUAAUGACGAAAGAGCUAUAUACUUCGAACAAGCACAAAAUGGCCUAUAUGUCAGAAUGGCAAUGCUAUACCUCAUUUUAAAUAGCAAAAGGUAGAUACAAGUG